CAAUUAAUGCACUGCUUUGCGAACUUGAACAUAAUAUAAAUAGCAAUAAUGUUGUUAGUGCUGUCUGACGAACAUAAAGAGCACUUGGGAUUCUUAACUGAAGUGGACACAGCUGUUGUUGGAGAGUUUGGACGAAUCGCUGUGGAAUUCUUACGAAAGGGCUCAAACCCUAAAAUCUACGAGGGGGCUGCCAGAAAGUUGGAUGUGCCGGCCGAGACGGUCCAGCAUGGAGUCGAGGGUCUCAUGUAUCUCUUAACAGAGAGCUCCAAACUUAUGAUCUCUGAGAUGGAUUUUCAGGACUCGGUCUUGGUACUGGGUUUCUCUCAGGAGCUUAAUGAACGUCUUCUGCAAUUGUAUUUGGAAAACAGAAAAGAAAUCCGGCAAAUUCUAAGCGAGCUUUCCCCCUCCUUGCCCCACUACCACAACCUGGAGUGGAGACUGGAUGUACAGCUGGCUAGCAGAGCUCUCAGACACCAGGUAAAGCCAACAGUGACUAUGAAGCUACACCUGGAAAGUGGAGGGAUACGCAACGCCCGCGUGCUGCAGACAGACCCAGCUACGCUGCUGCAUCUCAUUCAAGAGCUGGAGCGUGGCCUCGCAGAGCUCAAGAGCAACCACUGCCGCCGAAUCUUACGCAACAUCAAAUAGAGCCCCAAAGCGACCCUCAGAAAAUGUCCACUAGAUGGUGCCAGAGGUCACCGGAGAGCUCUGAAAAGGCGAUUGGCAGCUUCCUAAUGGGUUGAGAGCACUAAAGAUCUUCCCAAGAAUUGUACUGUGCAACACUGACAUCUGAAUAUGGCAUUUGAAAGAGCCUGUCAAUCAUCUGAUUUAAGAGAGAUCAUAUCUGAAGAUGGGCAUUUAGAAUUGCAUUUAUUUUGCGUUAUUUGAAUGUUGAACAUUGGCUCUAGAUAUUUUUUUUGACACAUUCAUUACUUCAUGUUAACAUCAAGUGCUGUUUUCCCCCAAAACCUUUGGAUACAGAUAUUGUAAUUUUGUUCUUUGUGAAAGUUUACUUGAUCCCAUAAUUUGUUUUGCUGUUUUUAUCCAAAAGAUACAUUUUCAGAUCAAUGGGUAGGGCAUGGGUUGUCUUUUAAGGAUUGUAUUUCCAACAAAUACACUAAUAUUUGGGACCAAUAUUUUGAAAACUAGUAUUUUAUAUGCAAAAAAUGUUGCACUGUGUGAUGGAGAAAUAUAAAGCUCUUAAUGUCACGAUAACAUCC